ACAUAGCGGGUUCUCCACGUGAUGUGGCACCGAAAUCCUAACAUGAAACCAAAAACCUAUGACACGUCAGGUUCUUAUUGAUGCUGAAGAAUUCCUUUGUCUUGGUGACAUUGCACAACAAAUCAGCAAUCCAAACAUAGUGCAACCCUCACGUUCUGCUCAAGACCAAGGAAGCAUCCUUGUUUUUGGGCCUUUGUCUCACUUAUUGCUUUAGAUAAAAAAUUUUCAAACAAGUUUCCCCACAGCUCAAUUACAAAAGAUUUAACUAACGAGGAAGUGGAAAACUACUUUGCUUUGGCCCUGCUUUUCCCUCUUCUAAGAUGUGACUAACAUUGAACUAGAAAAGGGCUCAUUUAUCCAAUUUCAAUAUAUGUUGUAACUUUUCUAUCUGGUGCCAUCCUUAAAGUUGUGUGUAGUUAGUUUGAUGGAUUUUAUUAUUAGCAAUCAUAAUUUUUGUAACUUCCUAUUCUUUCCUAUUUCAAGUUUCAAAAAAUGAAGUGCUACUAUCUUCACACUUUCAUACAUAAUGGGAUUUCUUACUGUAGGUAGAGUUAUGCGUGUGUGUUAUCCCUUUUUUUCUUUAUUGACAAGAUAAAAAUCUAAUAUUUCAAAUUAAUUUAACUCUACUUACUAUUCACUUAAACAUGUGACUUAAUUUUGUUAGCUGGAUAUUCUCAUUAUUUAUUCAACACAUGGAAAAAAGCAUGCAAUUUGGGAUCCUUCUUUUCAUCGAAGCUCCUAAAUUUAUUUGCCAUGAUGUAUAACUUUUAUUGUGUCGUGUAACAUUUGCAUGGGGUGCUUAAGCAGUUUGCAAGUACUAUUACUAAGACAAGGGAAGGAAUUAGAAAGCUCAUCAAAGCAUUUGUAAUAUAUAUAGCUAUCCUAUAUGUGCUUACGUAAUUAGUAGAUUAGAGAAUCUUUCUGCUGAUAUAGUGUUUUCUUUUUCUCUUUUUUGUUUGACAAAAUAGAGAUCUAAUACUUGA